AUGCCACCAGCCUUGGACGAGAAUGGCGAAGAACUAUACCCAGAUCCACAAAGGCCUCGUUAUAACGAGGACCGAAUUCCAAAUGCUCUGCGGGAGACUUCGUCAUCGAUAAAACCAACCAUCUUCCUCAGCCCCUCGCCCUCACCGAAUAAUCGCCAUCCUCCCUAUAGAGAGCCGCCCACAUCUGACAAAAAGAGAAAAGCAAGGUUGUUGGAUAUAGAAGGCGAUGAUGACGUACAGGGAGCAAGGGAAUCUGGAGGAUGUUUGAUACAAUUUGGGCGACAAUUGGGGUUGGACAAAGAUACUUCGAUAGACGGUGAAUCAUCUGGAUUCAUUCGCCAAACAGGGAACCAUUCUGGCAAUGGUGGUGGGGCAGGUGAAGAUCAUGUAUUAGCUGGGGCACACGGAUCGGCUCACCAAAGUCAAAGUAAUUUCAGUUCUACAAACAACGAAGAUUUCACACCCGUUAGCGGAGCCCACGUACCGCAUACUGGUACCAUCGUCAAUUCUGAUAGUGACGCGUUUGAAUGCGUUCCGCCGGAGAGAGAUACGAGGACAACUAUCCAGAUCGUUGUACCGCAACACAAACCAAAGCAGACCAUUCCUAUUUCGAAAUCUGUUUCUACACAAACGGCGAACGAAACCCAAAAACUCAAAGGCAGAAAUUCACAGCGCUCCCGAAAUAUGAAGAAAUCGCGAGCACCUUUAUCUGGUAGUGAUAGUGAAGAUGAGCUUGCUGGGUCAGGGGAUCAUUCGAUACGGGGUUUUGGUCAAUCUAGAGGAAAUCAAGAAAGGACAGCUAUCAAGUGUUCUUUAUUGGAGAUGUUUUCCAAGUCCGAAUCAUUCAUUGAUGCGCUAUGCGAGGAGCCGUGGACUCUAUGUCAGUAUAAUGACGGAGUGGCCGAUUUCUUUGACGAAAACAAGCUACCAGUCCCGGAUAUGAAAAUUGAGCCCAAGCACAUUGACCUCAUCCAACGGCAAUCCAAGACUGGCAAACUUAUCAUUCAAAUGGACAAAUACAGGGGUUUAAGAGGUCAUCAAAGAAUAUUUUUACAGCUAUUUGUAGACAGAAACUCUUCUUUACAAAUGGGUGACAAGGCAAUGGUAAUCACUGAUCGAUUUGUAAAGCACAAUCCAAAAAUAAAAUUGAGGAACCCUUCAACUCCCUGGUUAGAUGGUCGUUUUGAGAGUGUUCGUAAUCGCUUGAUUGAUAGGGGAGUUGAGAAGAAGAACCGCAGUGCAAGAUCGAGUCCGAUGAGGUCACCAAUACCUGCUUUUACAAGUGAUAUUGGUGAUAGUAGCGAGGUUAGGGGAUCACAACAUUCCAGUGGGGAGACAGAAAGCACAGGCUGUGGAAGAUUCGACGAUACAGGCCACCCGGAAACUGAAAAGAAUUCGUCCAGCCAUGGAGAUACGAUGCUGCCGAGGCUUUCGGAAGGAGACGACAACAGCUCUAUCGCGAAGGCCCUCCAAAACACAUAUCGCAGCCCGACGAAGUCAGAAAUAGAUUCUCCUCAAAAGGCUUGUCGUAAGCGCACCUCCCGCGUUACAAGACUCGUUGACGCCCAAGAUGAAAUUCCUGACACCGCGGCAAGCUAUGAAAGGUGGUCACAACUGAAUCCCGAAUGGUCAAAGCAGUGGAAGGACAAUAUUUUCUAUCAAGGCAGGCACAAGGCAAGGGCCACAGUUCAAAAGGAUGACGUCGAAAGACUAGACGAAGGGAUUUUCCUGAACGAUAACCUCAUUGAGUUCUAUCUCAGGUGGCUUGAAAAUAGUUUGGAACAGAAGAGCCCGCAAUUGAGUAAACGGGUUUACUUGCACAACACAUUCUUUUUCAAGAGGUUGACACAAAAUGGUCGUGGUCGAGAGAUAGAUUAUAACGCUGUAGAGCGAUGGACAAACAAGGUCGACCUUCUUUCCUACGACUAUAUCAUUGUUCCCAUACAUGAAAAUUCACAUUGGUAUUUGGCUAUUAUUUGCAAUGCUUCAAAUUUACUGGCGGAGAAGGAGAUUGAGAUAUUGGACUCGCAAGAAAGUGUGGAAGAGCUAGGCUCAGACGACAUAAAUGGGCUAUCAAGCAACGCCCUAUCAAACUCAACGAUGAAAUUGUCUGCAGUUAAGACAAGAAUUCUCACUUUGGACUCUAUGGGAGGGAGACAUUCUCCAACAUGUACCAAAUUACGCGAUUAUCUUGUUGAGGAGAUAGCGGCGAAGAAAGGGAUUCGAAUCUCUGCUCCGGGUGCUUUAGGUUUGACCGUCAAGAAUCUUCCUAGACAACGAAACGACUACGAUUGUGGGAUUUUCCUGUUGAAUUAUGUGGAAGAGUUUCUCAAGGAUCCUGAUGAAUUCUAUCGCAAAGCCUUGGCAGGCGAGAAUCUCGACGUUGACCCCCGAGAUGCGUUAGAAACUCGUCGGAUUAUAAGGGACAUCAUUCUUCAAAUGCAGCGAUAA